AUGGCAACCCCCCAAGAACGCCACCCCGAACUCUUCCGUCCCGUGAACAGCGACUCCCCACGAGGCAAGAAGCGCACCGUUCCACUCGAAGUCCUCUGCCUGGGGUUCAACCGAACAGGAACAGCCUCAAUGUGUUCCGCCCUCGAAACCCUCUCCCUCCCCUGCUGGCACUCCAUCACCCUCAUGUCCGACAAAUUCGGCACCAUCCCCAUGUGGCAAGAAGCCAUCGACCGGAAAUUCUUCAACGCGCCGGGCCCCCAAUACGGCCGAGCUGAGUUCGACCAACUCCUACACGACUUUGCCGCCAUCUCCUCCGACACCCCGGCCAUCGCCUUCUCCGAGGAGUUGAUCCGUGCGUACCCCGAAGCUAAAGUGGUGCUAGUCGAGCGGGACAUCGACUCGUGGUACGAGAGCUGGAUGAACGGCGUGAUUGCCAACACGUAUGAUCCUAUCGUGACAAUCAUAUAUACGAUUGAUCGGUGGUUCACGCAUCCUUUGGGCAAGGUGCAUAAGUCGACCUUUGAGGGGUGGUUGGGGAUUAAGGGCCCGGAGGAUGCGAAGCGUGUGAGUCGGGAGAAGUAUAGGGAGCAUUAUGCGUUGGUGAGGCGGUUGACGCCGCCGGAGAGGCUGUUGGAGUUUAGGUUGAGUGAGGGGUGGGGGCCGUUGUGUGAGUUUCUGGGCAAGCCGGUGCCCGAUGUGCCAUUUCCGCAUUUAAAUGAGAAGAAGUGGUUGGAUGAGAAGGUGAGGAUUGUGAUGUGGAGGGGGAUGAUGAGGUUGGGGUGGAAGGUUGGGUUGUGGGUGUUGGGGCCUGUGGUGGUGGCGGCGUUGGUCUAUAGGGUUAUGGGGAUGUAG